AGUCGGUCCGCAAGUCCGCCGCCGGGCCCUCAGCUCCGCCUUCUGCGUCUCGGCCGGACGCGGCCGCCCUCGGAUCGGCCACCGCUGGGCGCUGCGGCCGCCCCGCCUGCUGCACGCUCCCGCCCCGCCCCCGCCGCCGCCGCCCGGUCGGUCGGUCAGUCAGUCAGUCAGUCAGUCACGGUGCGCGCGGCGCGGGAGCUGCGGGCGCUCACGGCGUCUCCGGGGAAGGAGCGCCGCGCCUGAGGAGGAGGCGGCGGCGGCGGCGGCGGGAGCGGCGGCUGCCCAGCCCUGGGCCGCUGGAGGAUCGAGCGGCUGCCGCGAUGGAUCAGUUAUCAGAUGAAGAAAUUGACCAUGGUGCUGAAGAAGACAGUGAUAAGGAAGAUCAGGACCUGGACAAAAUGUUUGGAGCCUGGCUAGGGGAGCUAGACAAACUCACUCAGAGUUUGGAUUCUGACAAGCCCAUGGAACCAGUAAAAAGAUCUCCUCUUCGUCAGGAAACAAAUAUGGCCAAUUUUUCUUAUCGCUUCUCCAUAUACAACCUGAAUGAAGCUCUGAAUCAGGGAGAAACUGUGGAUCUGGAUGCCCUGAUGGCCGAUCUUUGCUCCAUAGAGCAGGAGCUCAGCAGUAUUGGUGCAGGAAAUAGUAAGCGUCAAAUCACAGAAACAAAACCCACUCAGAAAUUACCUGCCAGCCGACAUACAUCAAAACAUGGCACUUUGAAAGGAUUGUCUUCUUCAUCUAACAGGAUAACUAAACCAUCACAUGCCAACUACUCCCUGGAUGACAUCACUGCACAGUUAGAACAGGCUUCCUUGAGCAUGGAUGAGGCUGCUCAGCAAUCUGUACUGGAGGAUACUAAGCCCUCAAUAACUAAUCAGCACAGAAGAACAGCAUCAGCAGGCACAGUGAGCGAUGCUGAAGUGCGCUCUAUUAGUAACUCCUCUCGUUCCAGCAUCACCUCUGCAACCUCCAGCAUGGAUUCUUUGGAUAUUGAUAAAGUAACACGCCCUCAAGAACUGGAUUUGACACAUCAGGGGCAGCCAGUUACUGAGGAAGAACAGGCAGCAAAAUUGAAAGCUGAGAAGAUCAGAGUUGCCCUGGAGAAAAUUAAAGAGGCACAAGUGAAAAAGUUGGUGAUUAGAGUCCACAUGUCUGAUGAUAGUUCUAAAACAAUGAUGGUGGAUGAGAGGCAGACAGUGAGACAAGUGCUGGAUAACCUAAUGGACAAAUCCCACUGCGGUUAUAGUUUAGACUGGUCGCUGGUAGAAACCAUCUCUGAAUUACAAAUGGAGAGAAUCUUUGAAGACCACGAAAACUUGGUUGAAAAUCUUCUUAAUUGGACAAGAGAUAGCCAAAACAAGCUUGUAUUUAUGGAACGUAUAGAAAAAUAUGCACUUUUCAAAAACCCACAGAAUUACCUUCUGGGGAAAAAGGAAACCGCUGAGAUGGCAGAUAGAAACAAAGAAGUGCUAUUAGAGGAAUGUUUUUGUGGAAGUUCUGUAACUGUACCAGAAAUUGAAGGAGUCCUGUGGUUGAAAGAUGAUGGCAAAAAGUCCUGGAAAAAGCGUUAUUUUCUCUUGCGAGCAUCUGGUAUCUACUAUGUCCCUAAAGGAAAAGCAAAGGUCUCUCGGGAACUGGUAUGCUUUCUCCAACUGGAUCAUGUCAAUGUUUAUUAUGGACAGGACUACCGGAACAAAUACAAAGCACCUACAGAUUAUUGUCUAGUGCUAAAGCACCCACAGAUCCAGAAGAAAUCUCAGUACAUCAAGUACCUUUGUUGUGAUGAUGUGAGGACCCUGCAUCAGUGGGUCAAUGGUAUCCGCAUUGCAAAGUACGGGAAACAGCUCUACAUGAACUAUCAAGAAGCCCUGAAGAGGACAGAGUCGGCUUAUGAUUGGACUUCCUUAUCCAGCUCCAGCAUUAAAUCAGGAUCCAGUUCUUCAAGCAUCCCAGAGUCUCAGUCAAAUCAUUCUACUCAAUCUGACAGUGGAGUAUCUGAUACUCAGCCAGCAGGACAUGUCCGCUCCCAGAGUAUUGUGAGCUCCAUCUUCUCUGAAGCCUGGAAACGUGGUACUCAGUUGGAAGAGUCCAGCAAGGCCAGAAUGGAGUCUAUGAAUCGACCCUACACUUCACUUAUGCCCCCUUUACCCCCACAGCCCAAGCUGGUCACCCCCUACACUGCCUCACAGCCUUCCCCGCCUCUACCACCCCCGCCCCCACCCCCGCCCCCGCCCCCCCCCCCUCCGCCCCCCCCACCUCCCCCACCUCUGCCCAGUCAGUCGGCACCUUCAGCUGGCUCAGCAGCCACCAUGUUCGUCAAGUACAGCACAAUAACCAGGCUGCAGAAUGCUUCUCAGCACUCAGGACCCCUGUUCAAGCCUCCGCCGCCCUCAGUGAUGCAGUCUCUGGCCUCCACCUCCCAGUCAGGAAAGCCUCAGAUCCUGGUGCCCCCCAGUGGGGUCGUUCCCCCGCCCCCACCCCCGCCCCCGCCCCCCACCCCGGGCUCAGCUAUGGCCCAGCUCAGACCGGCACCCUGUACCCCAUCCCUCCCACAGUUCAGCCCUCCACCUCCUCCACUGAAGAUCCAUCACGUUCAGCAUGCCACUCAGGUGGCCCCUCCGACGCCCCCACCACCCCCUCCUGUCCCUGCACCCCUCCCUCCCCAAGCGCCCCCCAAACCCCUUGUGACGAUGCCCCCACCGACCAGCACCAAGAUUGUGCCCCCUGUUAUGACACAGGCUGUGCCACCCACACCUGCUCCUCCAGCCCCCCCAGCAAAAAAGCAGCCAGCUUUUCCUGUGUCCCAUAUCGCACCCUCUCCCCCUGCUCCUCCUGGUCCAGUCCCCCCACCCACGUUACCCAAGCAGCAGAGCUUCUGCGUAAAACCACCUCCCUCUCCACUGUCUCCGGUGCCCUCAGUCGUGAAGCAGAUAGCCAGCCAGUUUCCGCCCCCUCCAGCCCCUCCUCCCGUGGAGCAGCCCUUCAGGCCUCCCUCCGCACAUGUGGCCCCACAGUCCCCUCCUGCUGUGAGAGCGAAACCCAAGUGGCAGCCCAGCUCUAUCCCUGUCCCCUCUCCGGAUUUCCCCCCCCCUCCUCCUGAGAGCAGCCUGGCGUUUCCCCCUCCUCCUCCCCCUCCUCCCCCCCCUCCUCCCCCUCCUCCCCCUCCCCCUCCCCCUCCUCCACCACCGGCCCCGGUCCCGGCACCCCUGACAGCUACGCCCUCAGCUUCUCCUGCCUCUGACAAAAGUGGAUCUCCAGGCAAAAAGACCAGUAAGACAUCCAGCCCCGGGGCAAAGAAACCUCCCCCAACCCCACAGCGAAACUCCAGCAUUAAGUCCAGCAGUUGCACGGAGCACCCUGAGCCCAAGAGACCCUCAGUAGACAGUCUAGUGAGCAAGUUUGCAUCGCCAGCAGAACCCUCAGGAUCUCCCAGCAAAGAGAGCCCACCACCUCCGGCGGCGCCCCCCAAACCCGGAAAACUAAAUCUUUCUGGAGUUAACCUUCCUGGAGUUCUCCAACAAGGGUGUGUGUCGACAAAAACAUCUGUCCUGAGUGGGCGCGGAAAGGACUCUGUGGUAGAAUUUCCUUCUCCUCCAUCCGAUUCCGACUUUCCACCCCCUCCACCUGAAAUAGAGCUUCCUCUGCCCCCCAUAGAGAUUCCAGCUGUAUUCUCGGGAAACACCUCUCCAAAAGUGGCAGUCGUUAAUCCUCAACCACAGCCAUGGUCCAAAACAUCAACGAAGAAGGCCCCUCCACCCACACGACCCAAACGGAACGACAGCACCCGCCUCACUCAAGCAGAGAUCUCUGAGCAGCCAGCAAUGGCCACAGUUGUGCCGCAAGUGCCCACCUCUCCCAAGUCCAGCCUUAGUGUCCAGCCUGGAUUCCUUGCCGACCUCAACAGGACACUGCAACGCAAGUCCAUCACCCGGCAUGGUUCGCUCUCCUCCUCCCGCAUGUCCAGAGCGGAACCCACGGCCACCAUGGAUGAUAUGGCAUUGCCGCCGCCCCCCCCGGAACUGCUUUCUGAUCAGCAGAAAGCCGCUUACGGAGGUAGUCAUAUAUCGGGCUAUGCAACAUUGCGGAGAGGACCCCCUCCCGCACCCCCGAAGAGAGACCAGAACACCAAGCUCUCAAGGGACUGGUAGUAGCUACCGCAGGACUUUGUUUUCAUGGUAUCUGUAAUCAGUUCUACAAUCAGCUCACCUGACACCUACGACCUCUGGUGUUCAGAGCCUCCUAGUAUGAUGUUGUUCAGGUAGUAUCCAGCUGUACGUGUGUGUACGUGUGCGUGGACACGCAUGGCUAUACAUGUACGGACAGUGUGUGUGUGUGUGUACAUAGCUGAGAGUGAGUGAGUAUUCCUUUGCUCUCCUGACCUGAAUAUGGGUUUGCAUAUUUUGGUGGAAGAGGCAUGGAAGGGGAUGCGUGUCCUGUCCCUUACGAUUUCUGUUACCUGCCACGUGGAUUGGACCAAAAACUUCUAAUCACUGACUUAGAAGGCAUUUCAUAAGUGUUCAUGUGCAGCCUCUCUGUGCAUGUUGUGUAUUAUAUAAUAAGGAAUAGAUGUAUUAUGUGCUGUUUCUCAGUUUGCGAAGACAGCAGAGUGUUUGGUGUAUCGAUGGGACUCUUGUGUUUGUUUCUUCCCCAGUUGGCUGAAGUUCAAACUGCUUGGCUGACACUUCAUCACUUAUACAUGAAGGGGCACUUUAAAUCAGGAAACUGUCAGCGUCAUGGGUGGGUCACUAGUGCAGAAUGGGGAAGUUUCCACAGAUGCUGUGUCCGUCCGCCGUUGUGCAUAGGAAGUAAACACACGAUGGAACUAAACCAUUCUAGUUGUAGUGCCGCCAUGAUCCCACCUGUAUCUAGGAUGUGUUCUGUCACAGGUAAGCUCUUUGCCUACAGUACAUGGGUGAUUUAGUACUGCAAUCCUGGAUAGUUCUUUUUGUACUGUUGGAAUCUUUUCCAUGAGCUUUGCGAAGCCUCAUCAAGCUUGGCUUCGUGAUUCUUGUUUUGAUUUGUCAUAAGGGAAUAUCUGACACAAUACCCCUGGAAUGCUCUGUCCCAGUAUGUUUUUGGGUCACCAGUUAUCUUAUAGUGUGUGCUUUAGGUAGAUGUUGAUAGUAGAGAUCUGUAGACAAUUGCUCUAUCAAAUAUACACAUCCCAUGUCCGAUACAGUGCAUCAUUACAAAAACAAAAUUAGCUUCUGAAUUGCGUCUUUUUUGUGUGUUGCUCUAGAAUGGGUGAUUAGGAAAGAAGCAGGACUGCCCCCUGUGCAGGUAUCAUUUGUCAGGUUAUGUAUGGACUGUAGUGUAUAACAGAGAAUCCACUGGAGUAUGGGACUCUCCCAGAGGAAGGGGAAAAGAGAGGUUUUUGACCAUUUCAUCCUUAGCUACUAGAGCACACUCGGAUUCUUGCUUGCUGUGGCCUGGUUGUGGAGAUUUGUCCAGGUUCCCGGGUGUUCUGGUGGAGUAGUGUAGUCCAAGUACAGUGAAUGACAUUACAUAUUCUGCAUGUGCAGUUUGGUAUAAAAUGGAAUCAUUGCUCUAAUGACACACUACAUUCUCUAUGCUUCACACUACGCUUAACACCUUUGUUGUUGUUGUUCUGUGAAUUUUCCUUGGUAUAUGAGAGAAAUAUGUACUGUCUCAUCAGUUUAUGAUGAUGAAGUGACCAUUACAAAUAAAAUGCAAUCUCAGAGCUGCUCUUAAACAAUAAAAACUAGCCAUCCCAGCAGUGAUAUACAUGAGCACAUCUUGUAAUCAAAGUCUCUACCUGUCGUGAAUAAGAAUUACCAGUGCAAACUGCAAAAAUCUUUGACAUUGUCCCAUAAGAAAAAAGUGAAGUCAGUGCAGUGGGGCAGAGAUAGUAAAGAAUUUAAGAAUAAGCUAAAGUUGUACUAUAUACACAAGAUACUCCUAUAAACCCACCUCCAAAAAAAGGACUGCAUCAGAGAGAAUAUGAAGUGGCACCUCUCCAUUGCCUAGAUCUCUAGGAUAUUAUUCAGCAGUUCCUGUGCUUAUAGAGCAAUAAGAAUAUGUACCAUUGUGCAUUUUUUAAAGCCCUGCUCUUUAAAAGAUACUUUUUGGAUCUUCUCAUUUGUUCUCAAACUUUGUGCGCUUGAUAUUUUUAGGCUUAUGAAGUGACCUUUAACACAUCGGCACUGUUAAUUUAAGCACGCACAGCAAUUUUGGUAAUGGUUGAGCACAGAUGGCCAAGCUCCGCUGUAACUCGUGAGUGAAGUAAUUUCCCACAGUUCUGCCUGCUGCCUGCACUUUUAUAUUCUAAGGAUCACCCUUAUUUGUCAGGUAAAGUGAUUAAUAGGAAUCCAGUGAUAGAAAUAUUCAUCACUAGGGUUUUUGUGGUGGUGAUGGUCUUUAUUUUAUAUGAAGGUGGACUUCAACUUUCCUGGAGGGGAAAAACAAUAAUAUUCCCUCAGUCUUCCUUCACCCAUGAUUUGGGCCCUAAGAUGCAGCCUUGCUUUAGUCAGUGUGGGGUUCCCUAGGACUUCUUGGCUUGUGUCAGUCCUGACAGCCAUCCAAACUGAUGCUCCCACAUUAUCACUUUCCUGAAAGAGCAGACAUCCUUUAGAACGCUUGCAGCACCAAGAGGAGAGCUGUGUUGUUUAUGCCCGAAUCCCAGGGCUUGUCUCCAACAGGUGGUUUUCUUUUACGUUUCUCCAAAGACAGAAAAGGCUAUUAAUCAACUUUUCCCCCCUUUGUUUUAUGUGAAACACUGCAUCAAAAAAACCCACAAAAUAAUACAUUAGAUUAUACUUCUAGCUUUUUACUCCCUAGUGGGAUUUUUGUUGGGAUGAAGUUGUGUGGAGUUCCUUUGAGAUGACUGUUAACUUUUGGAACUUCUCUCUGGUGUGUUGUUGGAGAACACGGACUGCCUUCUUCCACUGCCGUCUGCUCAGAAGCCUUCCAAACCCAUGUAUCUGCUUCUGGUCAGAGAAGAACAUCUGGGCAGCUGACUUGGCUGUACUGAGAAGUGAAUAGCGUGCUGUCGAGGGCAGUGCAAACAGGCGCCUGUUUCAGCUAGUGACUUGGUUAAUAAGUGACACCCUCCACUCCUACCACAGAUCAUUUCAGAAUUGGUGAUCACCCUGUGCUUAAGGUUUGGGUACUAAUUCUGAAGGGCAGCAGAGCCUAUUCUGUUAAUAAAUGACAUAGGGACACCCGGGUGGCUCAGUCGUUAAGCGUCUGCCUUCGGCUCAGGUCAUGAUCCCAGGGUCCUGGGAUCCAGCCCCGCAUCGGGCUCCCUGCUCCUCGGGAAGUCUGCUUCUCCCUCUCCCACUCCCCCUGCUUGUGUUCUUGCUCUCGCUGUCUCUCUUUGUCAAAUAAACAAAAUCUUUAAAAAACAAACAAAAAAAACGACAUAGGUUCUAGGUAAGAAUAUAAAUGCUAGACUCAUUGAAAUUUUAUUCAGCUGCGUUUUUACUACUCAAACACAUUAUUUCUUCAGCUGCUAUAAUAUUCCCUUAGGAUAGGUAUUCUUAUGGCUUUUAUAGGUACCCACCUAACUGUAAAUGGGAUUUUUUUUUUUCAUUUCUGGGACUUUUUAAGAUGAGAAAGAUUGGUGACUUAAAAAUUACAGGAAAUAAUUUUCACCAGAAAAUGUCAAAGUAACGUAGACGUGCCGGUGUUUUACAGCCCUCUAAAAUCAAAGUGCUCCUGCCCACUGGCAGCAUAUACUCCGCUAAGGGCCACGAACUAUCCUGGAAGUCCUCUCUCUGAAAGUUUACUUGCCACUAAAAAGUGCUGAGUUUAUCAAGAAAGUUUAUAGACAAAAUUGGGAGAUCAUGAAUAAAUAACUCCAAUACAGUGACAGCUGAGAUCAAGAUUAAUAGGAGCUGUGCAUCCAGUUAGUUUCAGAAGCUGCUCUUCUAGGAGCAUACAGCCGCUAAUAAGCUUGUGUCAAGGAUGUAAGGUAAUGAAAUAGCCUGGGAAAAAAAGUGUCAGGUAAUGGUAUGGACCGGUUUUAUUUGACUAUCAAGCCACCAACAGAACCCUUUGUCACCUUUUUUUCUUCUGCUAAAAGCAAUUUGUUACAAACACGAGGUGAAUUUAAACAAAAAACCUUUCCCCUAGUUAAUUUUUCAUAUACCUUCAAGAGCUAACAAAUUACAACUGAAAACAGUGUCUCAGAUUUUAUUCAAGUUUAGACCAGUUAAAAACCUGUAUGGCCCUAUAUGAUUAUAGGUGUAAUGAUUUGCUUUAAGUAGGUAUAAUAAUUUGGAUUUCUACACUUGAUGAGAAGAUGUCUGUUUCUAAAACUCCCUUGUAGGUUGCCAGUACCUUUUGGCACUUUUGGCUUUUGCUUAUACACUUUACAUCAAUGUGGGUUAUCCCUAGCCCUACAGGAAUAUGUGCUCACGCACCAAGUUGAGAUUUGAUGCACAGAGAGAUGCAAGUACAAUGAAAUAUCCUAUUUUUUUUAAGAUUGAUUUUCCUUUAAAAAUUCAGUAGAACAUUUCUACACUUUUAACCAGUCUAUCCCUCCAACUAAAUAAGUGCUCUGUUCUUACUGUGCCCUUGGAAGGUCUAUAUGUAAAAGAAACCUGAAAAUAAGCUGUAGAAUAAAUUUGCUAAAUAACAAUAUACUUGAUAAACACAUUAAGGGGAAAAAAUCUCCAAUUUGUUUGCUCUUUGCUGAAGAGAAGACACUAUCUGCUAUAAUCCCCAGUGCCUUGAACUCUUUUGGAGGAAUAGCAUUUAAAAAAUAUCCAACAAGCAAACUUUGAGGUGCUAAUGAAAGAGAAGGAAGAUGAGUAUUUGUAGUUUGUGCAGAAAUAGAGAAAGUGUCUGUCUCACAAGAGAUGGCUUUCAUCUACCUGAAUGGGGUCUGGCCGUUUUCUACCAAAGACAUUUAGAGAAGUGAGUCGAGUCAGGGUGAUGGCAAUUACUACAUAUUAAAAGAUGGCUAAGUUCAGAAGUGACCCUGUUGAUCACAGAUGGCUAUUAAUACCAAGCUCUUAACUGUUGAAGCCUCAACCUCUUCUUAGGCAGAACACGCUUGCAGCACUUACAGAAAGUCUUUGCAUUUUGGGAACUGUCCAUUGUUUGUCAGAUUUAUUGUAACCUAAUACCAAAAACUGCCAUUUUUCAUGAUUCCUACUUCCUAUAUAUUUUUUUCUUCUUGUAAAUAAUCCCUCCUAGAAAAUAAGCAUUAACUAGAAAAUAAGCAUUAACUGGAAUGUUUCAAAUGAUUUUGCUUAAUUUUACCAUUUGCCACUAGUGAACUCCUUUUAUAGAAAUGUACAUUUACAAUAUCAUUAGCUUGUGCUAAAUGUUGUAAAAACACUGUUUACUGUUUUAAAGGAAAGUUGCACAUAUUUAACUGGGAUUGCUCCUUUUCCCAUUUCUUGAAAAAAUGGAGUCAAGGCUUACACUGUUAUCUAGGCUGUGGGAGCUUUGCCAUAGAUAGAUAGAUACAAUGUAGGAAUAUAGUUUUUUAAAGCAUGAAAAGAAGGCAAAAGGAACUGCAUUAUAAAGUACCUAAUAGAGAACAUUAUUCAAGAUUAUGAUUAUGCACAGCUCGGUAAAGGUGAAGUUACAGUUUUUCUUUCAGCUUUGUUGCUAUUUUCUUCUGCUUAAAUGUACGCUCUCAUUUCAUUAUGUGCCUUGCUCCCUGAUUGUGCAAACCUAUAUAUAGAUAUAUAUAGAUAUAUAUAUAUGAGAGAGAGAUAUAUUCAGUACUACUGACGAUGUUUUUUUGUUUUUUUUUGUUCUACUGCUGGAUUAAGUUAUUUUCCAAAUUACCAGUUACUGUUGGUGAACUAUUGUAACGGCUUAGGACAGUAGUCAUACAGUGUAAAUUUUUGUUUGUGUUUUCAUUAUGUCUGCUUACCCAAUCCUUAAUAAAAAGAAUACAUAGA